CUAACACGAAUAGCCAAUCGAAAAGGUCAGUAUUACUCGCGAUUGGCUAGUGGUGACGAAGGUCUAGGCGUUUACUGCUACGACGUCACUAGCUGACUUGGAAGAAAGCUUUUUAUUAUGCAGUUGCCAUGGCAGGUUCUGUACACUUGAUGGAUACAGAGGAUCCUGCACAAGGCAGUAGACUGAGGUGUGAUCUGGGGUACACUGAAGCAAUAAAUAAACAAAUGAGAGUCCCAGAUAAACUUAAAGUGGCAGAGGUACCUUCAGAUGAUGCAAUUGAAGAGCAAGAGGAUUCUUCAUCAUUGUCAUUUAGCAUGCAUAUACCUGACCGGCUGUCUGUGGCAGCAGAUAUCUCAUAUGGAAAUUUCAGACCUCCGUUUUUUACAAAAUCUUCUACCAAAUGUUUGAUUCCAGCCACUGAUCUCCACUAUCCACCUCUUCUACAAAUACAUAGGGAUCAAAAAUCCAAAGACUGGAACAGAAGAAAUGCAAGAGAGGUAUCCCUUCGCAGAACACAAAGUGAGAGUACCUUCAGUAAGACACCAUUAGGGCUUUGUGAAGCUCUAAAACAACAACAGAAUCUAAGCCUGAAGCCGGUGAACUCUGCAUCAAUCCACACCACUACAGAACCUGACCAAAAUCUCCUGUCAGCCCAUCGUGUUCACCACCUUGCUAAAUAUUUGUGGCAGCAUGCCUUACAGCGUCUUCUGCAAGCCUUCAAUCAAACAUUAGCUAAAAGGUAUGGUUUUCCAAAAGGCACUUUGUAUGAAAAUACACGCCAUUCAUUUUCUGAAAAUGUCAGGAAAAGUAGCAAUCUUGACUCUGGAGUUGCUAUUGAACAAGAAGAUGUCAGUCCUGUGGAUAUCAUUGCACUGAAAAGACAGGUUACCAAGAUGACUAGAAGACUGAUGGCAGUGGAAAAGCAGAAUGCUAAGCACAGGCAUAAUGAAAUGAUAUUGUUCUCUAUUCUGUUAAGUGCCUGCAUCUUUAAUAGCUGGUUAUGGCUGCGUAGGUAAAUGUGCCACAUUAGGGCAGUUUCAGUAGAGUUACGAGGAUUGGAAAAGUACAUCUGAGUAGUUUAUGAGUAACACUUAAGUGCACUGCUGCCGACACAUUAUAUUACAUUCACAUGGUUUCCCUGCUGACUCCAAAUAUAACCAAAACAUAUUGUUUCUGACAAUUGUAGAAAAUAUUUAUUUACAGUAAAUGAUUUUUAAGGUAAGGCUAAUAUAUAUUUUAACAUGAUACAGUAUACACAGCUGAUGAUUAUCAAUAAUGGAAAAAUGUCAUUUUAUAAGGGUUAAUAAACUGAUAAUCAACUGUGUGGAGCAUUACUAAACAUAAACUACAUACAAUUUUCAGAUAUAUCAAACGCACUUGAAACGCACUUUAUUUUUAGUUUUCUCAAAGAUUUGAAAUCUGGUAAACUUAUCAUUGUUUAUUUCCAUCAAACACGCAGUACAACAUUUUUAAAGAGACUUACACAUUCUUACAAAAGAAGAUGAGGUAAUGGAAGGGCAGCUGUCAAAGAGUUCCAACAAUUUGUUUGAAAGAAAGUUAAAAGUUCAAUAAGGAGAUUUUUUUUUAAUUACACUAGUAAUUAUAAUUAGCAAUAGUUCAGUGACUCAUUUUGUAUUUGCAAGCACAGGUAUGUCUCAUAUUAAGACUUUUCUUAAAAAGAUUUAACUUUCUGUUUAACAUCUAUUUAAGAAAUGAACAGCUGGAAGGGACAGGGUGGAUGUACUGUAAAUGAUAUACAUCAUGACUGCUUUUCUGGAUAAAUUAUUUGUGGCAAUUUACCCUUCUGAUGCAAUGUUAAGGGUCUUAUUUUUGUUCCAGAUCAUUUUUAAAACUGAAUUUUUUGUUUGUGAAUUGCAAUAAACUGUUCAUAUACACAGUAUUUAUCUAUCCUGAUAUUUUCAAAUGUUAUAAAUGUUAUGUUAUAAAAUGUUGCAUGCUUAUACAGUAUUUAAAGGUAUUUGGAAUUUUUUUAACAAGCUAAGUAUCCACUGAACAGAAAAUUUAGUUAAAUUGUUUCUAUGUAUUAUUUUUAAAAAAUAGUUAAGUAACCCCAAGUUUUAUAAAUAUAGAUUCAAUUAAAAUAACAUUUUAAACAUGGCAGUACAUGUCUUUUAAUAGUUUAUUUUCACAAUAAAACAUUAAUAUGUGAAUUAUAUUGAGAUUACCCCAGAAGUAAGAAAUUUUGAAACCACUUUUUUCAUUUUUGUUAAUUCUUUUUUUUUUUACUUUUAAAUUAUUUUAUUAAGAAAACAAAACAAAGAUAUGAAUUCCACAUGUUAGUCAAAAAUACGGUUGUACAAAUAAUACAGCAGUACAGACUUUGUACUCCAAAAAUGAAUUCCAAGAAAUUGAAAACACAAGCUCCUUCCCAUACCCAAUUCAGAGAGCUACAGUAUAUGAUAAGAUCCCAGUUUUAUAUUAAAAUGUCAAAAAAGGUUUGGUAAUGACCUGGUAUUGGUAUUUUAGAAUAACAUUAAUGAAGUCAGGUUCUAAAAAAUCCUAAACUGUUUCUUGCAGAGUAAGAAAACUAAAUUCUGCCCAUUUUAAGAUAACAUACAAUACAGUUUUCUCAUUCAGUUAUGGUAGAUGGGUUAGGAAUUGCCCCAGUUUAUACAGUAAGACUUCUAGCACCCAAUGUAGUAUAGGAUACUAGAAAAUAUUUCUUAGUCGAUGCAUAUUUUUAUCCCAUCUGGUUAAGAGAUUUACAAAAAUGUUGAAUCAAAAUGGUCUUGAGUGUAGAGUAUUCCUAAAACAUAUAAAUACACUUUUUAUCAAUUAUUUCAAUUGAAAGAUUCCUUUCUUAUCAUUACCUGUGUAUAUUCUUUGAAAUUUGUUGUUGGGAUCUAGAAGUACUACCCAUACAUAGUUCACCAAAACAGCCAGUAUUGCAGGAAUAGAUAUUGAUGGAAGACUUCUUAAGACAGUUACUUUUCCCAAGUUUCCUCCUUGUAGAUAGAAAAAGAAGAUUGUUGCUGAAAUAUUAUAUUCAUAGCAUAGCAUUUCAAGGGAAGCAUGCACAUUAUCUGCAUAGAGAUUCCUAAAGGACUAGAUGCUGCACCUAGUAAUUUUCAAAACUGAAUAACUUACAGAUUAAAGAAAAAUGUAACAGGUGAUCAUUAUACAGGGGGUAACUGGUAAGAGUAUUAUGAUCUGUUUUACAGCUAAUGUUUUUUCCAUACAUGUAUUAAAAAAAAUUCCCCUCCCCCUACAGGUUAUAUAUUGAUAUUUUAAAUUGUAUAAUUUAGUUGUCAAUCCAUCCAUCAUCAUCCAUCCAUCCAUCCAUUUUCCAACCCGCUGAAUCCGAACACAGGGUCACGGGGGUCUGCUGGAGCCAAUCCCAGCCAACACAGGGCACAAGGCAGGGAACCAAUCCCAGGCAGGGUGCCAACCCACCGCAGGACACACACAAACGCACCCACACACCAAGCACACACUAGGGCCAAUUUAGAAUCGCCAAUCCACCUAACCUGCAUGUCUUUGGACUGUGGGAGGAAACCGGAGCGCCCGGAGGAAACCCACGCAGACACGGGGAGAACAUGCAAACUCCACGCAGAGAGGACCCGGGAAGCGAACCCAGGUCCCCAGGUCUCCCAACUGCGAGGCAGCAGCGCUACAUCCAUCAUCACACCUGCUUAUUUAAUUUUCAAUGUGUCGGGCACAACUCAGGAACCAAGCCUGGCCUGGGAGUCCAUAACAUAACAGGGUACCAGUCUUCUUCAGGGCCCACUCAUAUAGGUACUCACAGUCACACUCACACUUGUUAGCUGAACUAAACCUAUAUAUCUUUGGAUGCUAAAGAAACAUCCAGAAACAAACCCAUGCAGACAUGAAAAGAAAAUGCUAACUCCAGUGAACCAGGGACUGUAUCUCCAAGGCAGUAGCAUUAACUACUGUGCUGUGUGCUGCGUGGCAAAUACGAAACUUUAGUAUAUUAGUUCCGUGAGUUUCAUAAGGUGGACUGACAAUGCAAUGGUUAUCACUCCUACCUUAUGGCUCCAGGGUCAUCUUCUAUAUUCUCAGCCAAAUCACUGUCUCUGUAAAGUCUGCAUUUUCUCUUGUACAUAUAGAGUGUGUUCCUUCCACAUAUGAAAGAUCAGCAUGUUAGGUUAACUGGUGUGUGUAUGUACACUCUGUGUUAAUUUGCUCUGGGAUAAAUAAGAAUUUUGCCCAAGGCUCGUUGUUGAAACCCAGUAAUAGAAAAAUCAAGUUUUCAAAAUUUUAGAUGGAUGUUUGGUUAUUUUAGUGUGUUACUAAAUGUUCAUUUGUUCCUUCUUUUUUUAAACCCAAAGAAACUAGAUCAUUUUAAUUAUGUGUUUAGAACUUUAUUUUUAAAACUAAUAUACUAGAAAAUACACCCUUAAGGAGCUACAACGCUGCAUUAGGAUGGUUUAGUUUUUGCAAAGAUUAUAGUAACUUAUAUAGAAUACCACCUUUAUUUUUGCACCUGUUUAAAAUUUCUAGUGUUACCAUACUGUAAUGAGAGACAAUAAAUGUAUUUCCCAUUUUAAAUAUAAAACAUGGUGCAUUACAUGUUUGUUUACUAGAAAUUGCCUGUAACAAAUACUGUAUGUAGUGCAUUUCUUAAAGACCACUAAUCCUCAUUCUCUUGGGGAUUUUCUGUGAAGACACAGCUAAUUAUCUAACUUGCCUGAACAGUUUUUGAAAUAGGAUUAAAGGGACAAUAAACAGCUGGAAAUGUGUGAAUGCUUCAGCGUUCAAAACUUCACACAAAUUUGUAAUCCAUGUGAAGCAACAGUCAGAUAUUUCUACCUUUAUUUCUACCAGCUUCCUUAAUGUGGCCAUUAUGUAUAAAUUGUAUGGGUCUUCAUGGGUUGUUGAAUAUUCUUAAAAAGAGCUUGUAUGUGUAUUUUCAAAUCAAGCAUGAUCACUUCAUUGAUUUUUGUGUGCUAUGAUAAUGAAAUUCAACUGGAUUUUUUCUUUUACAUAUUUCCCUAAUCUGGCAACUGCCUGAUAAUGCUGCAAAAAUUGGCAAAGUUUUAAUACAUUACAAAAAUAAUGGAAAUUAUAUAAGAGAUCACAUACUGUACUUAUUAAAAUAAUGUUAUGUUA